GUGCUACCAUUGUAGGGUGGGUGCAUAUGGACGGACCCAUGUUCGGUAAAACAGUCCCCGUGCUAUAUUUUCUAACACGGCUUCAGGCGGCUUCACUUUUAUUUAAGGGAAACCGUUCUUGAACUGACCGCUGUGGAGGACAAGCAAGGGAAGGAAAUGGAGGUGAAAGUUCACAUCGUCAGGAGAGAAACCAUCAAACCGUCUUCUCCUACCCCAGCUGAGCUCGGAAGCUUCAAGCUCUCGCUCUUCGAUCAGCUCAACCCGGAUCUUUACACUCCUCUGCUCCUCUACUACGCGGACUGUCGCGACCGCGACCAGAUGACCGGGAGGCUGAAGUCUUCCUUGUCCAAAACUCUCAUCCACUUCUACCCACUUGCAGGGAGGAUCACGAACAACUUGUUGAUCGAAUGCAAUGACAAGGGGGCUGAGUUCAUAGAGGCUGAGGUUGGGUGCUGCCUCUCCGACAUCCUUACACGACCUGACACGACUGUCCUCGAGAGGUUUCUUCCGGUUCAAAUUUAUCACGCGAAUGCUCGGGAUGCGCCCCUGCUCCUCGUGCAGGCAAACUUCUUCAAGCGCGGAGGGCUCGUGAUCGGGGUUUGCGUUUCGCACAAGCUCACUGACGCAGCCACCCUCAGCACUUUCAUCAAUGCCUGGGCGGGAGAAGCUCGGGGGUCGAGGGAGAUCGUCCUUCCUGAGUAUCGUCUCUCGUCAAUGUUCCCGCCAGUGGACUACUUGAGUUCACUACCCACAGUGGAUAUGCCAAGAACGAAGUGCAUCACGGGGCGGUUUGUCAUCCAAUCCUCAAGGAUUGCCGCCCUUAGGGCCCGAGCCGCCAGUGAUUACGUCCCACGGCCCACUGCUGUAGAAGCUGUGACGGCCCUUGUAUGGAAAUCUGCUGCCACGGCUUCAUGGAAGAACUCCGACCUCAGGGCAGGUCCAAAACAGAUUGUCCUGGCACAAAGGGUGAACUUGCGGAAACGGGUCAGUCCGCCACUGCCAAACAACUCUGCGGGGAACAUGGUGACAUACUUCCAAGCGAAAACGGAAGAGACUGAGCUGAAGCUUCAAGCAUUAGUAUUUCAUCUGCGGAAUGGAAUCCGAGAGCACCAGCAGCAGUAUAUCGAACAACUUCUAGGGGAACACGGGGUCCCUGCAACAUUGAAAACAAUAAGAGAUUACGGGGUGCUGCUGGCAAAUGAACGGGUAAAGUUCUACAACUGCAGCAGCUGGUGCAAGUUCCCGCUGUACACGGUGGAUUUCGGUUGGGGGAAGCCCACCUGGGCGAGUGUCGCGAAUGCGGAGUUCAAGAACACUAUCUUGCUGAUGAACACUCCGGAUGGGGAGGGGAUCGAGGUCUGGUUGACCCUGAGCAAGGCGGACAUGGCCUUGUGUGUGCAUGAUGAAGAGUUACUUGAAUUCGCAGCCAUGAAUCCGAGCGUUGAAUACUGAUGCGCAGCUGUGCGAGCCUCGUAACUCCACAGUUGAAGUUUAAGCACAGUUGAAUGCAUGAUGAAGAGUUGCUUGAAAACUCUCGUCUCUAUACAAGCCUUCGUAUUCUCAAAGGGGAAAAUGGUAUAUCUGUUUUAGGGUGUAAAUGAGAUAAUAUUAUUUGUAAAUGGUUCAGGCUCGGCUCGACAAAAGUUCAAAUUCGGCUCGCUCUCAUGGAGGUCGAGCCGGGAAUCAGCUUGAACUCAUCAAUUAAACUUGCCAAGCUCAAUGAUAUUCGCGUGGGCCUAAAUAAGCUUUUUUUUUAUAUUUAAUUUUGUUACAAUUAUGUAUAUGUAUCUAUAGAAUGUGUAUAUGUACAUGUUCUAGUUUUAUGUAUGGCGGGUCCAGCUCUUGUUUAUUGAAACAAAAAGAAGGAAGAGAAAAUAAAUGCACUAGCCCCCCCUACCAUUUGUUUUC